AUGGGAAAACCCAACAGUAAACUGAAGACCGAACAGGUGAAAACAUUGGCCAAACAGACCUACUGUACGUUUCUUUUUGACAUUUUUAAAUUGAAUUUUUUAGAUUUUUUGAAAAAUGAUGUUUUUUGGGAGUGGAAAGAAAGUUUUUGCAUUUUUUCUAAAAAUUUUUUUUUUGAAAUUUAUUCACCUUGCUCUACCCUUCUCUAUCAUACUCUACUCAACCUACUUCAUUAGUUCCCUUGGAAACAAAGUUUCUGCAUAAAUUUUUAAAAUUUAAAAUUUUAUAGUUGCAAGGUUGUAGAGAACAUCGUAUUUUACAAUAGAUUUCAGUCACAGAGAAAGAGAUUCGACAAUGGUACAAAGGGUUUGUCAGGGAUUGUCCGAAUGGAAUGUUAACAGAAGCCGGCUUUCAAAAGAUCUACAAACAGUUCUUCCCGCAGGGCGAUCCAUCCGAAUUCGCCAGUUUUGUGUUUAAAGUUUUUGAUGAGAACAAGGUAAGCUUAUUUUCUACAUUAGUUUUGUGUUGGUUUUGUUGUUUUACUUAUAUUGACAUUGUUUUAUAAAACUUGUACGAAUUUCAAAAAAAGCAAUAAUUUUUGUGACAUUUCGUAAAAUUUAAAAAGCAUUUUUAAAGACUUCGAAACUAACAAAAAGGCUUUUUAAUUUUAUAAAUAAACAUUUUUAAACAUUUUUAAAAAAUCAAUAACAUUUGUGACAUUUCGUUACACUAGUUCAUUAUAAUGCUUAAAAUAAUAUAUAAAAUGAAAAAUGCUGAUUAACAAUAUUAAACGUGAUCUUAAAUUUUUGGAAAAUCGAUAUUUUUUGUGACAUUUUGUCAUUUUUUGUUUGUAAAGGCGAUAUCUUUUUUAACAUUUCGUUGUUUUUGAUUUUUAUAAAAUUUGGGUUUUGAUGGCUUAUUUAUAACACAAGAGAACAGUUUCUGACAAUACUUUUGACGUUCUUUAUCAACAUUUAUUAUCUCAAUUACCUUCAGGACGGUGCAAUAGAGUUCCACGAGUUUAUCCGAGCACUUUCGAUCACUUCCCGAGGCAAUCUGGACGAGAAGCUACAUUGGGCCUUCAGGCUUUACGACCUGGACAAUGAUGGUUUUAUCACACGGAAUGAAAUGCUGUCGAUUGUUGGGUCGAUUUACAAAAUGGUCGGGGAUUCGGUGAAGCUGCCGGAGGAGGAGAACACCCCCGAGAAGAGGGUGGAUCGGAUCUUCCGAAUGAUGGAUAAGGUAAGGUAGUGGUUUCAACGUUAUACUUUUUUUGUUUUACAUGGUUUUAUGGCGUAUUUUACAAUUGAAUUUAAGAAAAUUUUGCGUUUUGGUUUUUUUAAUAAUCAAUAUUUUUUGUGACAUUUCGUUACAAGUUUAGGUAUCACAAGAAGCAAAACAUAAGAGACUGAAUUAAAUAGAAAAUAAAGUUUAAAUAAGACUUUUAUUUUUUUUUAUAAGUCAAUGUAUUUUUUGACAUUUUGUUUAAAAAUCCAAUAAUAUUUGUGACAUUUCGUAAUAUUACUUUCAAAUGCUUAAAACACACUGUCGAUUGCAUAAAAAUAUAUAAACUGUUUAUUAACGUUAAUUAAAGUAAAAAAACAAAACGUAUUUUAAAUUAGAAAACCAAUGCUUUUAGUGACAUUUCGUCGAAACCUAAAAUCUUUUUUUAAAUAUAAAAAUAAAACUAAAAAAUUUCAGAACAAUGAUGCUCAAUUAACGCUAGACGAAUUCAAAGAAGGUGCAAAAGCCGACCCGUCCAUAGUACACGCGUUGUCCUUAUACGAAGGUCUUUCCACUUAG